GUUCAUGCCACGUACGUGAUAACAAACCGAACUAGUAAUCUUAUUUACUAUUAUAUUAGAUGCUGACUGUUGUGAUCAUCAGUGCAACGACAUAUGGAGUCUCCUAGUUUGGAUGCAGAUUAUAUAAAUGAAUAUUCAACGCUAAAAAUGUUGCGUAUCAAUAAAAUAAUUCCAUCUACUGGAUAACCAAAUAUAAACAAAGCUAAUUUUAUGUCAGGAGUUUUUGGUAUUGUCUGGGAACAUAUGCUUCAAAACUUGAUUCAAUCUAAUGGUUCUGGUAACAGUCCCGCAAACAUAAAAUCUAAGGAUCAUGAAAAGGAUAAAGAAAAUUUAAGUAAACUAAAAUUAAUAAUAUUACGUUUACAUUGAUCUGUUUCAUAUUCUUCUGGUCUUCAUGUGGCUUUAAGCAGUUGGAAUGUACGGAACAAAUUGUUAGUAAAGAUAGUUUUUUGAAAAGUGAUUAUGAAUCCCGAACUAUUAAUUGUCGAAAAGCUCCUAUUUUAAACCCCUUGCUUCUAUCCAGUCAGAGGAUCUAAUAGAAUAACCAUCAAAUUAUAAAAGUUAUUGUUUUUCAUUCUGCCUUCACUAACAGAAUCGAUGUUUCAGUCAAGAAAGUCAAUUUGUUUCCUACUGUUCACUUUUUGCACAACAAUUUACUGUCAGUCAACCAUCUUUGAUCCUGAAACCGGUAAACAUUAUCCAAUAUCAGAUUUUUCUCGUAUAGAAGACAUCCCAUUUCUGUUACCUGAUCCUGAUCCCAAAAAGUAUCCACCAGAAUUCCUUAACUCUUUACUGAAGCAUUGUAAUGAUCCCAUGCCUAGUUACAUCGAACUGUUCUCAAAAGCUUGGAUUGCUUUUAAAGAAAUGGGUUUAAACGAAUCAAAAUUUCCAAACUCUUUCUCCUUUGUUCGCCGCAUAAUCUCUUCUAUACGUCCAUUACAAGUAUUCCAUGCUUUAUUGACAGGCCUUGUACUUACUCUGCUUCGAGCUUAUAUCACACGAAAGCUUUAUACGAAACUUAUUUCCGGUGUUGGUGUAACUCCAGAAAUUUCUGGUAAACUUAUCGAAUCUGGUUGGAAAGGAUUUUGGUUUUUUGUAAUGUGGCUUUUUAGCCUAAAGGUUGUAGUUUUAAGUGGUAGAACAGAUUACCAAUAUCCCUUGUGUGUCUUUCGCAAUAACAUAUUUAAAAUUGGCUACUUUGACAUUCCAACACCGCCUGAUUACUAUUGGCUUUAUACGCUGCAGUUGGGGUUCUAUCUACAUUCAUUAUGGAGUGUAUUUUUUAUGGAUUCGUGGCGUAAAGAUUCUUCUGUAUUAGUUCUUCAUCAUUGUUUGGCACUUUUACUGCUAGAAGCUUCUUUAUUGUUAAGAAUACAUCGUGCGGGUGUUCUAACUUUAUUUCUACAUGAUUUAUGCGAUGUAUUUUUAGAAAUCAGUAAAAUAAAUGUUUACUUGCGUAUUCGACGCGGAAAACCGUAUGCUAUUCACAUGACUAUUGCUAAUAUAUUUUUUGCACUAUUUGCAACAUCAUGGGUUGUUUUACGAUUAUAUUUAUUUCCAUUGAAAGUCUUAUACGCUUCCUCUUGGGGAGCUUAUAUUUGUUUAGUUGGUCGAGAAAACAGAGGAUUUCUGUUUUUCAAUUUACUGCUAUGGGGUUUAUUUGUAAUGCAUAUAUAUUGGUUUACGUUCAUUGUACGUAUGACUAUUCGACUGGUUACAAGACCAUUAGAAGCAUGUGAUGAUAUACGUGAAGAUGUUGUGGAUAAAAAGGUUGACAAUAUAAAUCUUUGUAAUCAUAAGACUGCAUCAGAAACAGUUUUAAACAAUAAUCAUAAUCAUAUCACUACUACUAAUACUGCCUCUGACAAUAUUGAUUCAUCUUUCAUUGUAAAGCAAAUUAAACGAAUAGAAAAUAAUAAUAAUAAUAAUAAUGAUAGUCAUACUAAUAAAACUUUAACCAAUGGAAGUACAUGCAUAUCAACUAAGUGCAAUUAAUUAGAAUUUAUUUGUUAUAUAGACAAGGAUGAAUCAAUAUUUGCACAUACAUAACUUGUGAACAAAUUUCUAUUAGAUAAAAUUAUGUUUCCAACUCCAUUCCAUUGAAUUCUAUUCAUUACUGGGUUUUUUUUGUCAAUGGUUAUUUUCUAUACUCUUCACUUAUUUUAUAUUCCAUUUACAUAUCCAUUAAUUUGUAAGAGAGAUUCAAGUUUACUUUUCCGUAUGUUUUAAUUGUUGUUGUUUGUCUAUUUUUCAACUUCACUACAAAUUGAUUUUUUUGUUUGUUUCACAAUGAGAUAGAUGAACACAAACACAUACACACACACACUCACAUAUACAUUGCAAUUAAUUAUGGAUCUUUUAUAAUUUCAACGGUUUCAAUAUGGUGGUACUUUUCCUUUAUUUCAAUUCAAAUAACCAAUAUGAACGAUGAAGUUCGGUUAAAGAAUUCUUGUCCAACUUCAUCAUAGAGAUAAAUACAAGUCAUUAUAUAUUUUGUAUUUUGUCUGUAUUCUGAGAAAAAAAAACUAUUAAAUUUGUAACCAAAUGUAUAUGGUGAACUUGAAUUUUAUUUUGUCUUUCUGUAAUUUUUAUGUGUAGUUAUUUCUGUAUGAUACACGUCUAAAUAUACCAUCUCAAGUGGAAGUCAAAUAACAUUUAAUAAUGUUGUUAUUUUUAUUAUAUAAUGGGUGUGGGAUAAAAAAAACUCAUGGAAGGUGGAAGUACACAAUUUGUAUUUGACUUUCUCAUAUAUUGCCAUAUGUAGAUCCAAUUGGGAUAUUGGUAAAUAACUCCCUACCACUUAUUCUCUCACUCUGUAUAUUGUAUGUUAUAAUCAUAUCAUCAAUCUUCUUUCUUUUUUUAUGUAUCACUUUGAACUUCUACUGUUUUCAAUAUUUCUACUUUUAUUAUGGUUUUUGUCUUUUUUUGUCAUUGUUUACACUUUUAUUUUAAUAAUACAAAGAAAUAAAUAGUGAUGAUGAGCGAAAAGAAACUCAGC